AUGCCAUGUUCAUCGGCAACACUGGAGUCUGAUCCCGAAUCCCAACGACCACCCCCUCACGACGCCGCCGGACUCGGCUCCAUCUCCCCUCCCAGCUCGGUCCGCAAGAGGUCCAACAUGAGCUCCGAAGUCAGAAAGAAGUUCAUCAAUUACCCUGUGCCUGUAGCCGGGCCACCCAUUCCGUACAAAAAUGAGCGAGGAAGCAACCCGCCCCUGAAGGGCUGGCUCUUGGUGUUGGCAGCAUGGGCUAUGGAAUAUCUCUGGUUCAUCCGCGCCUUCAUCUGGAGCAACGCAGGCUUUGGCGGCGUGCGGAAGAUCCGCAAACACAUUGAGGAUGCGGAACCGCGCUACGACCCAACCGUCCUGCCCUUCCCUAUGGACGAGGCGAAAGACCCGGCCGUCCUGCACCGCGAGAGCGCCGUCAAGUCCAAGCCGCGGCCUUUCAAGUACUACUCCGCCGCCGACUAUCACGAGAUGUACCUCUCGGGCGAGGUCACGCCACUGGCCGUCGCCCGCGCCAUCCUGCCCCUGAUCCGCCGUGACACUGCCCCGCCAGGCGAGCACUCGAUCGCGUGGUUUGAUACCAAGGUUACCCAGGUCCUGACCGCCGCCGAGGCCUCGACGAGGCGGUACAAGGACGGAAAGCCGCUGGGCCCCUUGGACGGCGUCCCGACUGCGGUCAAGGACGAGUACGAGAUGGACGGCUACCGGACUUGCCUCGGUUCCCGCAACGACUACACCACACAGGUCGAGCCAGGACAGUCAAUCAACAGCUGGUGCGUCAAGAAGUUAGAAUCUGCAGGCGCCGUCAUUCUUGGGAAACUCUCAAUGCACGAGUUUGGCCUCGGUGGGUACAUCUUUUCCCCUUCUGGUUUCAUGGUACUAACUGUUCAAGACACAACCGGCAACAACCCAAUUUAUGGAACACCCCGCAACCCGUACAACGCUGGCUACUACACCGGCGGUUCCUCAUCCGGCGCCGGCUACGCCGUCGCAACCGGCCUCGUCCCCUUCGCCCUCGGCUCCGACGGCGGCGGCUCCAUCCGCAUCCCCUCAUCCCUCUGCGGCGUCUACGGCCUCAAGCCCACCCACGGCCGCAUCUCUUUCCACCCCUGCCCGAACCACUCCAACUCGUGCGCCGUCAACGGACCCAUCGCCGCGGACAUAGAGUCCCUCGCCACCUGCUUCGAGACCAUCGGCGCUCCGCACCCGGACUCCAACUUCAUCCAGGCCUCCCCCUUCGUCCUCUCCCCCUCCGAGAAGCGCGGCAAGAUCCUCGGCGUCCCCGAGUCCUGGUUCGCCCAGGCCGACCCGGCCAUCCAGCGCAUGUGCCGCUCCAUGAUCGCCCGCCUUGUCUCGCGCCACGGCUACGCCACCGUCCCGAUCGACAUCCCUUUCCUCGUUGAGGGCCAGUCCGCGCACGCCAUGACCGUUCUCACCGACGGCGCCACCCUCCUCCCGGAAACCAAGAACCUUACCCACGGCAACCGCAUCCUUCUCGCCAUCGGCCGUGUCACCUCCGCUAUGGACUACCUCCUCGCCCAAAAGCUGCGCGGCCUGCUGAUGCAGCACCUCGCGCACCUUUGGCAGACGUACCCGGGCAUGAUCAUCGUCACGCCCACCACCGCCUGCGCCGGCUGGCCCAUCAUGUCCAAGUCGGAGCUCACCCAUGGCCUCUCCGACGGCGACCGCACCAUUCGCAGCAUGGAGUACGUCUGGAUGGGCAACUUCUGCGGGCUGCCCGGCGUCACGGUGCCCGCGGGUUACGUCGUGCCGCACGACCGGCCUGGCGGCGGCAGCGAGGCCGGGCCCGAUACGGAGGGCAAGAUCCCCGUCGGGCUGAUGGGAAUGGGCGAGUGGACGGAUGAGCAUAGCCUACUCGAGUUCGGACUCGAUGCCGAGGAGCUGUUUGCCAAGGAGCGGUGCAGGCCGCCUAACUGGGUUGACGUCAUUCAGCGGGCCAAGGACGAGAUGGCCAAGGAUGGGGAGGCUGCGUUGAUAGACAUUUAG